CCAGGAUGUGUGACCGCAACGGCGGGCGGCGGCUCCGGCAGUGGCUGAUUGAGCAGAUUGACAGUGAGCUGUACCCUGGGCUCAUCUGGGAGAAUGAGGAGAAAACAAUGUUCCGCAUCCCAUGGAAACAUGCUGGGAAGCAGGAUUACAACCAGGAGGUGGAUGCUUCUAUUUUCAAGGCCUGGGCUGUUUUCAAAGGCAAGUUCAAAGAGGGUGACAAAGCGGAGCCGGCCACGUGGAAGACACGGCUGCGCUGUGCUUUGAACAAGAGUCCUGAUUUUGAGGAGGUGACAGACAGGUCCCAGCUGGACAUCUCUGAGCCCUACAAGGUCUACAGGAUUGUGCCAGAGGAGGAACAGAAAUGCAAAGCCGGCGUUGCCAAUGGGAACAGCCUGAAUGAAGUCACGGAGAUGGACUGCAGUUCCUCUGCCAUAGAUGACCUCAUUAAAGAGCCUCCCUGUGUAGAUGAAUACCUGGGCAUCAUCAAGAGAAGCCCCUCGCCCCCCCAGGAGACUUGCAGAAACCCCCCAAUACCUGACUGGUGGGUGCAGCAGCCCAGCCCAGCGUUGCCCCUGAUGAACGGAUACUCCAGCUAUGAGCAGCAUCGUUCGGGUUACUCCCAGAUGGUGAUCAGCUUCUACUAUGGCGGGAGGCUGGUGGGCCACAUCACCACCUCGUGCACCGAGGGCUGCCGCAUCUCGCUCAGCCAGCCCUCCAGCCACGGAGAGAAGCUCUAUGCCCCAGAUGCCUUGGAGCAUGUACGGUUCCCCUCAGCUGAUGCCAUUCAGAAUGACCGCCAGAAGCAGAUCACCAAGAAGCUUUUUGGGCACCUGGAGAGGGGUGUCCUGCUGCACAGCAGCAAGGAGGGCAUCUUCAUCAAGAGGCUGUGCCAGGGCAGGGUCUUCUGGAGUGGGAACACCAUGAUCUACAAGGACAGGCCCAACAAACUGGACCGGGAUGAGGUGGUGAAGAUAUUUGACACAGACUUAUUCUUCAAAGAGCUGCAGCAGUAUUACAACAACCAGGGCCGCUUCCCAGACAGCAGAGUCAUACUGUGCUUCGGAGAGGAGUUCCCGGAUGCAGUGCCGCUGCGGUGUAAGCUCAUCCUUGUCCAGGUGGAGCAGCUGUGUGUCAGGCAGGUGGUGGAGGAGGCUGGCAAGACCUGCAGCAGCAGCCCCAUGCUCCCCAUAGCUGAUGAGACACAGCAUGACCAGGUGUACAGGAUCUUCCAGGAGAUCUGUGCAACGCAUCAGCGGCCGCUCUUCAGAGAAAACCAACAGAUUGCUGUCUGAGCCUCCCUCUGUGCAGACAUAGUGUGGUGGUUUGGGUUGAUCUAGACCCAGUUUGGUCCCGUUAGUGCCUAAAUGCCCCUUUUGGAAAGAUGGGUUUUGUUCUUUGCUGUUUGUGGUCCGGAGUAUGUGUAAAUACAGCAGUAAAAAUUGUGAAUAGAAAGUAGGUUGGAUGCUCAGCAUCCACAGUGCAAACACUUCACUGAUAAAAAUGACAUUUUGUACCAAGCAGGGUGGUCCCAGUACUGUUGUCUGUUGCUAAUGGCAGGGGGAGGAGGGAGCAUCUGAGCUGUGUGGGAAGGUCAGGGCUGGCUUUGCUUUGUGUUGCCUGUGUUAAUGGCCAGUCAAGCAGAAUCAAAAAUAAAUAGCUGUAAUGACCUGCCUCAGCAGCCUGCAACUUGGACCUUGCUGAGAAUAGCAAUUUGGUAGGAGGUGACUCUUGGAAAAGCCUUAAAAUGUUCAAAUGUAGGAAAUUCUUUCCAAAAAUUGACUUUCCUGCCAGAGUCCUGCUGCUGGAAGAUAAAGUUCUCCUUGGAAGGCACACUCUCUCAAAUUCCUCUUUAUUUUUGCUAGGAGGUUUAUGUGUUUAUCUGUAAUAAAGUAUUUUGAGAUUUGGAAACCAAUGCAGAGAUGAUAUGUAUAAAUAUUGACUAUAAGGAUGUAGGAAUCUUAAUUUUUCCUAACCAGAGACAGAGUUUAUAUAAAUAUAUCUUUAAAAUUAAAGAUUGUAGCACAGUGAAUAGUUUGGCUUCACCCUUCUAAACGCAUGUGUUGAUCUUGCCCAAGCGUGACCAGGCAGUGGCAUCCAUGUGUAAAUCCUCAUUAAUAUGCUUUGUGUGUGCAUGCAGCACUGGGGUGCUGCUUGGGCAUGGGGUUUAUGCCUUGCAGCUGAUGCAAACCAGGACCACAAAUCUGUGUGCUACUAAGCUGCCUAUUUAUUUUAUGCCUGAGGUUUAUUAAUUUUUUUGGUAAUUUUUUAUCUUCCUGCAAUUAAAAUGCUAUAUUUUGUA